GAGCCGAGCCGAGCCGAGCGGCCACCGGAGCCGCGGGCCCGCGGGGCGGCGGGACAUGCAGGGAGCCCCGCUUCAGAAGCCGUCCGCCCCUGGGGUCUUCCCAGGGCACUGGGGAGGGCCGAGGCUGAGGCCCACCAUGCCCAGCCGGCUGCUGCUCGCCGCUGCACUGCUGUCCAGCUGGGCUCAGCUUCCGGCCGAAGCCAGCUCCUGGUGGUCAUUAGCUAUGAGCCCUGUACAGAGACCCGAGAUGUUUAUCAUCGGUGCCCAGCCCGUGUGCAGCCAGCUUCCUGGGCUCUCCCCUGGCCAGAGGAAGCUGUGCCAGUUGUACCAGGAGCACAUGGCCUACAUCGGGGAGGGAGCCAAGACGGGCAUCAAGGAGUGCCAGUACCAGUUCCGUCAGAGGCGGUGGAACUGCAGCACCGUGGACAACACAUCUGUCUUUGGGAGAGUCAUGCAGAUAGGGAGCCGGGAGGCCGCCUUCACCUACGCGGUGAGCGCCGCGGGCGUGGUGCACGCCGUCAGCCGGGCCUGCCGCGAGGGUGAGCUGUCCACCUGCGGCUGCAGCCGAGCCGCGCGGCCGCGGGACCUUCCCCGGGACUGGCUGUGGGGCGGCUGCGGGGACAACGUGGAGUACGGCUACCGCUUUGCUAAGGAGUUCGUGGACGCCCGGGAGCGGGAGAAGAACUUCGCCAAGGGGUCGGAGGAGCAGGGCCGAGUGCUCAUGAACCUGCAGAACAACGAGGCGGGGCGGAGGGCUGUGUAUAAGAUGGCAGACGUAGCCUGCAAGUGCCACGGCGUCUCAGGGUCCUGCAGCCUCAAGACCUGCUGGCUCCAGCUGGCCGAGUUCCGCAAAGUAGGGGACCAGCUGAAGGAGAAGUAUGACAGCGCAGCCGCCAUGCGCAUCACCCGCAAGGGCAAACUGGAGCUGGUCAACAGCCGCUUCAACCAGCCCACCCCUGAGGACCUGGUCUACGUGGACUCCAGCCCAGACUACUGUCUGCGCAAUGAGACCACGGGCUCCCUGGGCACCCAGGGCCGCCUCUGCAACAAGACCUCGGAGGGCAUGGAUGGCUGCGAGCUCAUGUGCUGUGGCCGUGGCUAUGACCAGUUCAAGAGCGUCCAGGUGGAGCGCUGCCACUGCAAGUUCCACUGGUGCUGCUAUGUCAAGUGCAAGAAGUGCACCGAGAUCGUUGACCAGUAUGUCUGUAAAUAGCCUGCAAAGGCCCCCUCUUCUGGCCUCUUCUCCACUCUGCCUCACAAAGUUUAUAUUAUAUAAAUCUAUAUAAAUCUAUUAUAUAUUUGUAUAAAGAAAUGGAUGGAUGAUAAAUAAUUAAAAGAAGAAAAUGGAAAGGAAAAGCUUAUUUAAGAGAUGCUGGAGAUCUUUGAGGAUUGAACUUUGCUGGUUCUCUACUCCCGGCAGAUGGGGCAAGGGGCUUCUCCCCCUCCCUCUGCCGAGGACUCUCAGGAUGUAGGGACUUGGGGAUAUUCACUGCCUACCCACUAUGGCCUUAAGAAGACGAGUGGCGAUUAGAUGGAGAAGAUGGUUUUGUCUGGAUGUCUGGAGUCUUUGUUGGCUGGAUGGCUGCCCUGUGACCCCCAUCAUGAGGCCAGGAGGCCCUGUGCAAGGUGGCAGGAAGUCAGCUUACACCAUCAUGUCUUCAGGGUCUUGUCCAAAAUACUGCUUGGUUCCGUAAAAGGGUCCAGUGCUUUCUUACCCUUUCACUCGGGUGCAUCCCGGCAGAACCCAGAGUUACAGGAAUGAGAAGAGGCCCGAUGUCAUCUCUGACAGGUGACCACAAAGGGACCCUCACCUCCCCAGACCCCCAGGCCUGUCUGUCCAGCGAGAAUUAUUUUCCCUCCACAGCUCACUGGCUCCUGCCACCAGCUUCCUGCGCUGAAGAGCACAGGGGUCAAUUAGCCUGACAUGUUAGGAGAGAACACGAACUGAAUAUUUGUGCCCGAGCUGCAGAGAGCCAGGAGCGUAACUGGUCCGAGUGCUGCACUGUGCUCCCACAAGGAGAGGAAACGGGAUGCUGCUGUUCUCACUUCCUUCACCGUGGAGACCCCCCGAAUGACAGGAUGAGUGGCCUGGUCAGGCUUGGCUGGCCUGGCUCGCUCUUGUCAUCUCUGCCCCAGAUGUACAGUUUCUCUCUCUGACAUUAAACCCCCUUCACUGGACCUCUCCCCUUCCUCUUUGGACACACGAGUAUCUUUCAUGAGUCUCCUUUUAUUUUUGAUCUGAUCCUCAGAACCCUGCUACCCAGUGUGCGUGUGGAAGAGGGUAAGGAAAUGGAAACUUUUUAGAGCUCUAGUCUGGUGGUUGGAGACAGAGACAGAGGACUAUGAGGAUAAGGUAAUGCACUGAAGCACUCGCCCCCAGGGCCAACGCCAAGUUGAAUACUCAUAAAUGCUAGCUAUUAGUAUUAUGAACAAAAGAAUUCAGAGAUUAAGGUUUAAACCUCAUGUUUCCCUUCCCUUCUUCCAUCUUACAACUCACCGGUCACCCCCUGGUCUGUUCACUGGGUCCUUGGGAAGGCACAGGUGAUGGGGACACUCUGCUGGCUUCUCUAUGUUGCCAUCUCCAGUCUCGGACUCCAGGAUCUGGAGCCAGGAGAGACGGGAUGACCCAAAAGGGAGAUGUUAUAUCCUAGAAAGGGAGGAAGUAGUUCCUGGGACACCUUGAUCCAGGUGCAUUAGAGUGGCCAGCCUGCAGGGGACCCAGUAAGUCACCCCACAGAGAGACACCAGUUUUAUUCUAGAAAAGUCUACUUCUGGGGAAAUGGUAGAAUUAAGGAGUCAGCUUGGGUUAUAAUGAGCAAAUUAUAUUUCAAAACAGUCUAAAAGGGAUUCUGUCUGGAUUGGAAUCAUGCCAUGUAUACCACUUGUCUCUUUAGGGCCUAAAGAAGAGCCUUCUGAUUUGUCAUCAAAGGACAUCAGACCUAGGGUUAUUUCACCCUAUUCCUCACGCUAUUACUCAGAUUCCUUUGGUUGGCAUUUUCAAGAUGAAUAGUCCACAAGAGAAAGUGAUUGAAGCCUACUGGCCUACAAAAGAUGCAAACCAUGUCCUUGGCUUCAUUAGUUGGCAUUUAGCCAAACUAACUUGGUCACACAGAUCGACGAUAAUAAGGGUUUUGAACACUGGCUGGCACUAUUGCUCUUCCCUACAUCACCCUUGUAACUCCUGGAGGAUUACCUUAUGUCAGGUGCUCAAAGUUCAUCUUGAGCUUUUCGGCCUGAAAAGCCAAAAUCCAGUUCAUCUUUAGCAACUUCAGGAAAUUAGCUGUGAAGGACUGGUCCAUAGAAAGCAACUUUCAUGUUCAUGAAAGGAGGUGCAUCAUCCCCAUUAUGUUGAGGUCUUCCUGCAGAGUCAUGGCAAGGGGACUGAGGAAACCUUAAAUGUUUUCUUUCUGACCUAAGGAGGAAGUCACAUGUUUGAAUACCAGUGUAAUUGUUGCAGCCACUGACAACCAAGGUUAGGAAAGAUUGAAUCUUCAAAAUAGAUUGGGGUGUAGUUAUAGUUACAGACAUGUUAAGUCCUGGUGGACUGGCUAUUGUCUACGAUGUAACCAGGAAUGCUGUAGGAAUGAGGCUGGAAAAUAUGAAGACCAACCUAAGAAAAUGAACCUCUGCUUGGAAACCACAUGUUAGAGCAGGGACAGAAUGUGCAGUCAGAUCUCUUGCUCCUGGGUUUCCAGAGAAGGGCCUCCAAAUCUUGAGCAAGUCCCAAAUGUCAGUGUGCUGUAAAAAAUGCACAGUCCUAGGCCUCCUGCAUCAGAGAUUUUUAUUCAGUUGGUCUGGGGGGAGCGGGACAACUGUCUGAAUCUUUAACAAGGCCUCGAGGGGACCCUGUGCUGGUGGUCGUCCCGAGACUGCACUGGACCUAGCGUCAGGAUGAGCUAGCCCAUGAUCCACAGGGCGACCCUGUGCAGGAUUUUCCAGUACCUGAAAUUUAUUAUGAUUAACACAUGGUCAAACUGAAGGAUCAUUGCACUGGAUGUAAUGCCUGGACCAAGAAAUCCUAGCCAUCCAGGGGAUCCUUUCUAUCGAGAGGGAAGAGAACAUUCUGGCACAGAGCAGAACGUGUUUGCCCUGGGUGUUCUACCUCCCUCCUCUACCUGGGACAGAUCUAUUACAAAUGUGGUAACGUAAUACUCGCUUGGCUCUUUGUUUGCAUAUAUUCAUCUUGCCUUCAAGACAAAAUCAGGAGAAAGGUAUGUCUGACUGCCUCCAUUUAAAAGUAGACAGGAGGGUAGGAAGGCAGUCACAGCUAGGAUUUAGGUGAGACCAGGCUCCUGUUCAUAAAGGCAUCCUGAUGAGUCUUUCAAGAACUUGGGUUCAAAACCCUAAUUUGGAGAACUUCCUUACUGGUCGUCUGCUCUCUGUCCUUUGAGGUGGGAAACAAAACUUAUUAAACUGUGUUUAUUCCGCCCGGC